AUGUCGCUUAGCUUUCUCAACAGCACCAUGCGCGCUGCCGUCAUGACGGGGCCGUAUCAAGUUCAUAUUGAUCAGUUCCCAGUGCCACGCAUCAUCAAUACGACUGGCGCAGUAGUUCGGUUCACAACUUCGGCGCUUUGUGGUUCAGACCUGCAGCGUUAUCAUGGGUUUAUAGGAGGGGAGCCACCGUGUGCGCUGCGCCACGAAGCUAGUAUGAACCUACUUCUCGAGCAAGAGUAUGUCCUACUCAGCCACAUGAAAGCUAACAGUUAUACAGUGGGAUAUAUUGAGUUCAUUGGUAGUGGUGCAUCAUAUUUAGAGGUGGGGCAAUAUGUCAUCAUUCCAGAUAAUGGCGCUACUGGACACAUCGAUAUGGGAGUUGUGACUGGACCUCGCAUGGGCCUAGCCUUCGGAGGUCUAAACGGAGGUCUCCAAGCUCCUUACGCCCGAGUACCUUUCGCCGACAUGGCUCUUAUCCCCGUCCCCUUGACCGCCGAGACCACCAACACCAGCAUCGAACAAGACUCCCUGACCGUUUCCGAUGUCUUCUCCAUCGGAUGGAUUGCUGUCACUAGAUCCGGCUUUGAGCCCGGCGACACUGUUGCUGUAUUUGGCGCUGGUCGCGUGGGCCUGCUUGCUGCGUACUCCGCCAUACUUCGCGGGGCAUCUCGGGUGUACAGUGCAGACCAUGUCCCCAUGAGACAUGAGAAGGCCGCAUCCAUCGGAGCCGUGCCCAUCAACUUCAUGGACAGUGAUCCUGUACAGCAGAUUCUCGCAUACGAGCCCGGUGGUGUCAUCCGAGCCGCCGACGCCGUCGGUAUGGAAGCCAUCACUGCCAACGGUACAAUGCAGCAAAACAUCGUGCUGAAUCAGAUGGUCGAACUCGUCGCUUCAGGGGGCGAAAUUGGCCAGAUUGGAAUCUACCUGGCCCAACCAAACACUGGUUUGGCUCCGAAUGCAGAGAGAAUCAUGCCGGAAGUCUCGUUUCCCUCGCCCAGUUCUUUUCGAAGGGUAUCAGAUACGAAGGUGGUAUGGCAGAUCCCGAGACUGUUGCUGGGGAGCUCGUCAACUUGA